AUGCCGAACCCCCCUCACCACCGCAGACACCACUCUUGGCCUCACUGUGGCUCCGAGCUAUGCCGACGCGCCCCAUCCAACCUGGAAAUCCGCAUGCUUAAACCAAGCGACCAAGGUUCCAAAGUUCAACAACAACUGUUCUUUCAACAAGCAGCAACCAUACCUCUGAUAGCAGAGGAAGCAAUAAGCGAUGACGCCGAUAUGGCAGGUAUAGUCCGGACGCCAUCACGAGGCAUGCACCGUCUCUGGUCUCGCCCCCAAAAAUCCACAGGCUGGAACGAGAUUCCAGCUUCCGCAUCUACAGCUGAGGCCCGGAAGCAUGUCCAUCGCAGUGUUUUGCGACGGCUUAUUCGUCGACCGCCUCUCGAUAAAACCAGGUCAUUGUUUGUGGUGCCUACUAUGAUGAAUGCUGGUGACCAGGUGAUGAUAUCCGGAUGGAUGCCAUCUAGGGUGUCUGCACGGCCGGUCAUGGUGACUGACAAGCGACGCACGUCUUCAGUGACCGAUUCGCCGCAGUUUGUGUCGGAGAGGAGACAUCGGAGGUCUCAUUCUGAGCAGCCGCGAGUGUGGAGAGAGCCUAGCGCUAGUCUUUGGACUUUGAAGGAGGAGUGA